AUGGCCAAGGCAAAUCUCGAAAAGGAGGAUCACCAGCGUGAUGCCGCUUUCAACAAGGCCAUGCACGGCAAGACCGCUGGGCAGGCUGCCGGUGUCUCUACCAUUCUGUUCAAGGAUAGGGAUGCCAAGAAGGCUGCCGUCGACGAGUACUUCAAGCACUUCGACAACAAGAAGGCCCUCAACGAGACCGAUGCCGACAGAGAGUCACGCACUAAGGAGUACGCAACUCUGACUAGACACUACUAUAACCUUGCGACAGACAUCUACGAGUUCGCCUGGGGCCAGUCCUUCCACUUCUGCCGCUACUCGGUCGGCGAGUCCUUCUACCAGGCCAUGGCCCGCCACGAGCACUACCUCGCCCACUGCAUCGGCAUUGAGGAGGGUAUGAAGGUCCUCGACGUUGGCUGCGGCAUUGGUGGACCGGCUCGAGAGAUCGCCAAGUUCACUGGCGCACACAUCACCGGCCUGAACAACAACGACUACCAGAUCGACCGUGCCACGCACCACGCUGCCAGGGAGAAGCUGUCUAACCAGCUGAAGUUCGUCAAGGGAGACUUUAUGCAAAUGUCGUUCCCCGACGAGACCUUUGAUGCCGUCUAUGCGAUUGAGGCGACGGUCCACGCGCCCAGCCUGGAGGGCGUCUAUGGCCAAAUCUUCCGCGUUUUGAAGCCCGGCGGUACCUUUGGUGUGUAUGAGUGGCUGAUGACGGAUGCCUAUGACAAGGAGAACCCCGAGCACCGUGAGAUCCGCCUGGCUAUCGAGCUCGGCAACGGCAUCUCAAAUAUGGUCAAGAUCUCGGAGGCUUUGGACGCCAUGAAGGCCGUUGGCUUUGAGCUCAUCCGUCAUGAGGACCUAGCACAGCGCCCCGACCCCAUGCCGUGGUACUGGCCCAUUGCUGGCGAGAUGAAGUACAUGCAGUCAGUAGGCGACUUCUUCACCAUUGUGCGCAUGACGCACACCGCCCGAAUCUUCACCCACGGCUUCGCGGGACUGAUGGAGUGGAUCGGCCUGGCCCCGGCUGGCACCAAGAAGACGGCAGAUGCGCUCAGCACGGGAGCCGACGGCCUGGUCGCCGGUGCACGGCAGAACCUGUUCACACCGAUGUACCUGAUGGUCGGCCGGAAGCCGCUCAACUAG